AUGAUAGUAGAGUGCCAAAUGAGAUCUCCCCAAAACUACUUAGGGUUUAGGGGUUUUUUUUUUUUGAAGAAAGAAGAUUUUGAUUUAAUACUAGAAGUGUCACCUCAUUCUAAGGUUACGUGAGUGGGAUCUCAUUCGCACAAAGAGUGAGGAGGAGAUGGAGGACUAUAAACCUCUUUUGAAGGGAAGAUGUGACAAUAGUAGAGAGAGACUUCAUUCCACUGAAAAUGUUUGAGGAAGGUGGAUGAUUUGGAUUAGGCUGGUGGAGCCAUUCAGUCCAUGACGUUGAAAGAUCCACACAACAGUAGUGGGAAGAAUAGCCCUCCAUGUUGUGUACCAUGAGGUGUUCCUCCAAGACAAGAGUUUGCUGUAAUAAGUGGUUCUAAGAAAUAGAUAAAAUGAUAUGAAGUGGUGAAGAAAGAGUUACUGGGCACUGAGGAAGAUGAAACUAUGUUGGAGCAUGGCAAUAAACCCAAAUAUGAACUUGUUUUCCUAGUGUUGCACGCAUCCAGUCCCUCUUGCCAAGAUCUUGCUAGUACUAUUAGUUGGUGGAGCAUUAGUUGUCUUCCUAGGGUUUAGGGGUUUAAGGUUUAAGGUUUUUUUUUUCAAAGGAAAAUUUGAUUUAAUGCUAGAAGUUUCACCUCAUUUUGAGGUUACAUGAGUGGGAUCUCAUUCACUCAAAGGGCGAGGAGGAGAUGGAGGAUUAUAGGCUUCUUUUGAAGGGAGGAUGUGACAAUAGUGGAGAGAGACUUCACUCCGCUCAAAAUGUUUGAAGAAGGUGGAUGAUUUGGAUUAGGCUGGUGGAGCCAUUUAAUCUAUGACGUUGAAAGAUCCGCUCAAUAGUAGUAGGGAGUAUAGCCCUCUGUGUUGUGCGCCAUGAGGUGUUCCUACAAGAUAACAAUUUGCUGCAGUAAAUGGUUCUAAGAAAUAGAUAAAAUGAUAUGAAGUGAUGAGGAAAGAGUUGUUGGGGCACUAAGGAGGACAGAACUAUGCUAGAGCAUGGCAAUAAGCCCAAAUAUGAACUUGCCUUCCUAAUGUUGCACGCAUCUAGUCCUUCUUGCCAAGAUCUUGCUAGUACCAUUAGUUGCCAUACUUCCUCUAACUAAAUAGGGGACCUUUCACCCCACGAGGAAUGACUUGCUCUCUCUUUCUAACUCUCUUCUUUUCUCUUAUUCUCUCUCUCUUUUUUUUUAAUUUUUUUAAGGGCCUCUUCUCUCACCCUCUACUAAUUGCCCAUGAUUUUGUGAACAAGGUUAAUUCCUUUUUGAGUACUGGGCUAGUGAUUCUGAGAAAGAAAGUAGGCUGCCUCUCUUUUUUUUUUUUUUGAGGGCCUCUUCUUUCAUCCUCCACUAAUGCCCAUGAUUUGGAGUACAAGGGUAAUUCCCUUUGGAGUAGUAGGCUAGUGAUUAUGGGAAGGGAAGUAGGUUGCCCCCUUUUUUUUUGUUUGUGAGGGCCUUUUCCCUCACCCUCCACUAAUUGGUUAUGAUGGGCUAAUGAUUUUGGGAAAAGAAGUAGGCUGCCUCUUUUUUUUUUUUUUUGACGAGAGAGAGAGAGAGGGAGAAAGAAAUAGAGAAUCGAUCGAGAGAGAGAGGAGAGAGGGUCAAUCCUAUGGAUAUAGAUCCUUACCUUCUCAUGGGUUCAAGCUGGCUGAUGGUACUAAUGAGAUCUUGAGAGAGGUGCUAGGUUGACGAUUUAUAGCUAGUUUGGUAGGUCUAAUGUGCUAUAAACCUAUAAUUCAAAAGUGGGCAGAUGCCAACAUGUGCUGAUAGUUCUGUGUGUCCUCAUUGCUUGAGGGUGAUAGAUAGUAGAUGUGAGGUGAUUAUUAGGAGAGUAAUGAUUGGAAGUGGUGUACCCAGGUGGAUUGCGAUGUGCCUUGUCGUCCAUCUUGUGUUGACGUCGACGUUGAAUUGCUCCAAGCGAUAUGCCACUGCCUAGGUGUGGCAGGUAGAAGCUUCCGCCUAAUGCGUAGUGCUGAUAUGCCAAGUCACUCUAAGCGGUGUCUACCUCGAGCUUCUACAGGCAUAUCCUGCAAAGAGGUGAAAACAGAUCUUAGACGGGUGCAUACUGCAUGUGUAGCAAGCACAUCUGCAGUCUGAUUCCCCUUGCGUAGCUGGUGUGUGAUGGUGCUGAUCCUCACACGACAACGCAUGAUAUCCAUCCAAGUGCUCUUGAGUUGCCAAUGGGAGCAAGUACCUGCACGCAACAUUUCAACUAACACUCUAGAGUCGGAUUCUAGGACGAUACCAUGAAGUUUGUGUUCCUCACAGAGGAGCAAACCAUCGUGAAUCGCCAUAGCCUCCACUGCUGUGUUAGUCUGAACAUCAUAAUAGUGGGAAAAGGCAAAGAUAAUACUCCAUGUAUGGUUUCGUAAGAUACCUCCUCCCCUUGUAGGUCCAUGGUUCCCACGUGCUGCCCCGUCCACAUUGAGCUUCAGGUGUCCUAUCGGUGGUGGUCUCCAAUAGAUGGUUCGCAUAGUGAUAUGUGUAUAGGUCUGUAAGGUUGGAAUUCCCCAAGUCUUGAGUGUCUCACAGACAGAGGCCGAGCGUGUUGCGACAGGCGACAUUAGAGGAUGGGCACUCCACAGCCAUUGUGUGA